AUGCUUGCAAACUCCAAAUCUCCUCGCCACCAACCCGACAAAGCGGGUGACUCGAAUGUGACAGGUCCUGCUCUCUUCCAGAUUGCCAUCUUCGAGCAGGAGAACUUCCAGGGCCGCUGCCAUGAGCUCAGCGGGGCCUGCCCCAACCUGAAGGAAGCCGGCGUGGACAAAGUGGGCUCCAUCCUGGUGCACUCCGGACCCUGGGUGGGCUACGAGCAGGCAAGCUGCAAAGGGGAGCAGUUUGUGUUUGAGAAGGGGGAGUACCCCCGCUGGGACUCCUGGACCAACAGCCGGAGAAGCGACAGCAUCACUUCCCUGAGACCCAUCAAAGUGGUGAGAGCACCCAGACAGCCACUACCCACCCGCCAGACCAAGGACAGCCAGGAGCACAAGAUCGUGCUGUACGAAAACCCCAGCUUCACCGGCAAGAAGAUCGAAAUCAUAGACGACGAUGUGCCCAGCUUCCACGCACACGGCUACCAGGAGAAGGUCUCAUCCGUGCGGGUGCAGAGCGGCACGUGGGUGGGAUACCAGUACCCUGGCUACCGGGGCUACCAGUACCUGUUUGAAAAGGGGGACUACAAGGACAGCUCAGACUUCGGCGCUCAGCACCCCCAGAUCCAGUCGGUCAGGCGCAUCCGGGACAUGCAGUGGCACCAGCGCGGUGCCUACCACCCCACCAACUAAAGCCCCCGGCCCGUGUCGGGGCGCGGGGAGCGGAGCAAGCGUUCCCCCGGCCGCCGCUGAGCCCCCGCGGCCUCGCCUCCCGCCUCCCCCCGUGUGAUGCACGCGCUGCCGAAGCAACUCAAUAAAGCUUGGAGUU